AUGCCCAGUCGCGUAGAGCAAACAUCUCAGACACUUGUGCCAGCAAAAAACUACUUGGAAGACCUCAUUCAGACUUACUCCAGGUGUUUUCCAGUCAGAAAAGCAAAAACAAUCAUCAAGUCUCAUGGCGACGGUCUUGGAGUAAUCCUCACUGGAUCCACUAGCUACUUGGGAUACUAUCUUCUCAAAGCUUUAAUCGCCGAUUCCAAAGUAGCUAGAAUAGUACGCUUGAAUCGCUCGGAAGCCGACAAAGACUUUAGUGCGGGAUUUGGUGAUUUGGACGGAGCUCAAAAAGUUCAAUUUGUCAAAGCAUCUUUUGGUGAACCAAGAUUUGGUUUGGAGCCUGCCAUUCAUCGAAGUUGCCCUGAAAUCAUUAAUGCGAUCCUACACAAUACUUGGUCAGUCGACUUCAAUCUACGCAUCGAGUCUUUUGAAAAAGUUCACAUUGCCGGCGUUCGCAAUUUCAUCGACAGGUCUUUAUUGUCUCCACGCAAAGUGACAAUUCAAUUCGUAAGCUUGCUCGGCUCAUUGGCGAAUUGGCCACCCUUCCGACCCAAGAAAUCAGUAUCCGAACAAAUAAUCACUAGUAGUAACUUGCCAAUGCUAGGCUAUGGUGAUACGAGAGAAGGCCUGACAACUUUCAAUCCUAUCAAACCUAGUUUUGUCAAGUGGAGUGACCUUGUCCUUGGGGUCAAGCAAAUACUCGGUGUUACCAAAGAAGUCUCUUUGCAGAAUUGGCUCAAAGAACGUGAGAAACAUGACGCUACUUCGAGGGAUGAAGUCAAGAAAUUCCCAGCACUUAAGCUUUUGGGCUUUUUUGAAUGGGUAGCUAAUGAGAAACGGCUGAUUAUGAUCACUAGAAUUGCGCAGGUUGCAAGUCCUUCAUAG